AUGAGUUAAAAUUUUACAAAGGAACAAUAAUUAUUAAUUGAUGAAAUCAUUAACAAAGGAUACAAUCAAGAAGAAUUUGAGUACUUCGUAUUUCAGAAGGAACCAGAAAAAGGUACAAUAAUAUUAAAAAUUAGGUCAUGAUAUAAGUAAAUGGACUUAUGGUGAAUUAUUUAACAUCAUAUAACAAUAUUAAUUAGAAAGUAUUUAUUCAUAUAUAGAUUAAGAAUAAGAAUAAUUAUAGGUCUAAACUUAAGUAAAUGAACCUGAAUCUCCAGAAAUAUUAGGCUCAUUUUCAUUUAUUGAUAAGGAAGUAUCUGCAUAAAAUUAAAAAUAAGAAGCUAUCAAAAUUGUAAAUCAAUUAUUAAUAUAAAAAUUAGAAUGAAAAAAUGCAUAUCUUACCAUACGAAAAAACAAUUAAAUGCAAAUAAUAGUAUUUUUUUAUUGAUGAAAAUGUUGAAUUAUAAUUUGAAAUCAGCGCGUAAUUUUCUUUAUAUUAUUAUAGACCAAUUGAAGAGAGAGGAGGAAUUUUAGACUUCUUUUCAAAAUCAAUUGUAUUUCCUAUUUAAGUUAAUCCAAUGGAAUGGAAGAUUAAAAGAACUCUUUAAGAUUUUGCUUAAUUAAGAAAUAUACUUUGUGCAGCCUUUCCUGAAUUUAUUGUAUUUUAUAAUCUAAAUAGAUACCCUCAUUUCCAUAUAAAGAUAUUGAUGAUUAUGAUAUAAUCAUGAAGGAAUAGUAAAACAUAUUAAAAGUGCUUACUGUAUUAUUAAUAUUUUAUACUAAAAGAUAUUUCUAUAAAUCUAUAAUAAGAAACCUAUAAUAAGAACUAUUGCUUCUAGUUUACAUUUUUUAAAUGAAACUAAUCCCAAAUAAUUUUAAUAAAAAUUUUAUAAUGAAUAAAAUCUCAUAAAGUAAUUUAAUCUCAAUCAAAAAUAAUCAAAGACAGGAACAUUAUAAAUAUAAUUUAAUUAGAAUCAAUACUAAAAAUAUAAAGAUUAUUAUACAUAUCUUAAUGCAGAAUAAGCAAAUUAUGAAAUAAUUUAAAAACAUUUAGAAUAGUUUGCAGAAUUUACUUACAAAGGAUAAUAGAGUUUAGGAUUUUCAAUUGAAAUGAUUUAAUAAUUAUGCAUUUCUCUUCCUUAAUAUUUUGAAGCAUAAGAAUUUGGAAAAGCCUUAAGUAUGAUAAAGUCUCACUUUGUAAAAUUCAAUAAAUAUUAUUAUAAUUAGUAAACCUAAAAAGAUUUUAUCUUAAGAUCUACAAAAUAAAUUAUGGAUGUUUUAUUAAUUACAUUAGUAAAAUUCAAAAAUUCUAGACAAUAAUUAUUUGAAUUGAAAUCUAAUCUCAAUGAAACAUUCCAAAAUUUUUCUAAUGAAUUCUUUCUUUUAGAGAAACGAAAAGAAGAACUAUUCACAUUAAGUUGAUGUUUUCUUAUAUAUUUAGAGGAUUUUUAGAAAUGGGGUUUGAAUUAAGAAUUACAAUCUAAAAUAGACAUAAAUAGGUGUUUUACAGAUUUAAAAUAUGCCAAAGAAUUCAUGUUACCAAAAGAGACCUUUUAUGUAAAUGAAAAAAAAGAUUAAUAUGUGUAUAUGUUGAAUCAUUUCAAUGAAUAGUUUGAUUAAUAAUUUAUAAUUGAAACUGAUAAAUUAUUGAAUGAGAUAAGAUUUUAUUUAGAUAAUAUGAGAUAUUAUACUAAUAAUCAAGUAAAUAAUGAUUAUGAAGAAUAGUUAUAAAAUUGGGAUUUUCUCAUUUAAGAAUAUGAAGAAUACAAAUUUUAAUAUAGUUAAAAAUUGAGUGUGAAUGGAUGA